AUGCUAGCUAAGAGAAGAGCCCCCGUGCGCCCGUCACCCCCAUUUGAAUCGUGCACGAUUCAUCGUAUACACUGUACCAAAGUCAAUGACCAUCAGAGCCACCCCAGUGUCACUUACUUCGAAGACGCACCCCAGUUGUUCGCUGGCGACUGUAAAGCAAGCGCCCUCCGUGGCAAGCGUCACAUAGCCGACAUUUCGGAUUUCGUCGAAUCCAAUUCCCACAUUGGGCUCAUACUUUAUCGGGAUUAUGAUUGCGAAGCUUAUCACAAGAUAAUAGAGCCCCGGUUCCGACCACUUGAAAAGCCAGAUGACCCUGUGAUCAAGUGGAUGCUUCGAUACUUUUAUCGACUAGAUGAUGAUGGGAUGCCAGCAAGAUCGCACGGAGAAGCAAUGCUCAUUCCGUCGGAGGAGCUCCGAGGUACAUUUCACCGGUUGACCAACAUGAGCCCUGACAUUAUUUCGGAACUUGAGGAUCCUGUGUACAUGCGGGAGCUAAUAACGCAAAUGUAUCAUCAUCGUGGGAUUCGCGAAGAUCCAGUCUUGGCAGAGAAGUUGGGCGAAGAAUCAUUUGAAACUGCCGUUUUUCUGGUCGAAUUCAUGGAAAAAAUGUUCGGUCAAGAAUAUAAUGAAGCCGAUGCUCUUUUUUCAAAAGGAUUGGUGACAAAAUUUCAUCUGCCCAAGUUGUUUGCUGCUCAAGAUGUACUUGUUACCAGGGAACAGGGUCAACCUUGUGCCUAUGUUCUGGAGGCGUUCCCGGAAAGGCCUACAGAAUUAUCUUGUUGGACAUGGAGAUUUGACGGUCGGUUCUGGAAGUAUCGUACAGCCUUGGGCGUCGAAUGGCCCGACCUACUAGAUAUGAUUGCUAUCACCGAUCUAUCUGUUUAUCCGCUCAAGUACGCCACGAUCGAUGUGCAGAGACUCCUCGCAAGCCGUGGGCGUCAAUUCAAGAUGGGCGGAAUGCAAAUUCAACCUCGAUACAUGGUCGACAUGGCGACGUAUCGAGAACUGCAUCCAGAAGAACACGCACCCGAAGAACCCGAGUAUCUGAACAACGAGACCAUGAGGGCCGAAGAGCCACCUGAUGACCAAUUUCUACUCCUAUUGCCCAUUACUGUUCAUGGCUUUGGGUUUCAAGAUAAAAAAUGGCGUCUACUAUUUGUCUCGCACAUCAGCAUAAUCAAGUGGAAUGAGCAAUCAUUCGAUCAUCUCGUGCUGCACUCGACGAAGAAAGAACUUAUUCAAGCCCUUGUCAAGAAACAUGAUUCCACGAACGAGUCAACGGACGUCAUUGAGGGCAAGGGAAAUGGGCUCAUUCUUCUACUGCAUGGUGGCCCCGGGACAGGAAAAACGCUUACAGCAGAGUCAGUUGCAGAGCUAACACACCGACCUCUAUACCGGGUGACUUGUGGAGAUGUGGGGACAAAUGCAGACGAGGUCGAGGAGUAUUUGGAAUCUGUGCUGCAUCUAGGGAAGGUGUGGCGAUGCGUGGUACUUUUGGAUGAAGCCGAUGUAUUUUUGGAAGAACGAACAUCUCAGGAUCUACAGCGCAACGCGCUUGUUUCGGUCUUCCUGCGGGUGAUUGAGUACUACGAGGGGGUCUUGGUGCUAACGUCGAACCGAAUUGGAACAUUUGACGAGGCCUUUAAGUCGCGUGUACAGCUCAUUGUCCAUUACCCAAAGCUUCAGAAAGAAGAGCGACGACGCAUAUGGUUCAAGUUCAUCAAGAAUCUGCGCAUCACAAACGUGGGCGCGCACAUUGAAGAGCUAGAAGAGCGUAUCGAGGAUCUGAGUGACAACGAGCUGAACGGGCGAGAGAUCAGAAAUACAAUCCAAACAGCGACGCUUCUGGCCCAGUUCAAAGAUGAGCACCUACGAUAUGAGCAUUUGAUGAAAGUUAUGGCUGUCUCGAAGGAGUUCAAACAGUAUUUGCAUGACAGGUUUGGCCAUGAGGAUGAAGAUCUUGUCCAACAACGGCAGAUUCGGUAG